AUGCGUACUGGGCUUGGGGCAGCGCAGCGCAUGCUAGUACAAGCUGGAGAGAGUCGGGACGAGCCUCAACAUCAACCGUCAUCACUCAUCGCCGUCGCAUCUCUGACAACCGCCGCCAAUCUGGAAAGCUGUUUCACGGCGCAAACAGAUCUUCUUUUCCCCUUUGACACGCCGGUGGCCGACCGGGGCAACAACGACCAACGCUCAACUCGACCUCCCCAUGUUACACGAAUGGCACCCCCGGAGAACAAUGCCACAAGGUGCAACGAGGGGAUUCCUUCUUGCAACGAUACAUUGCUUCCCCCGUCAAAUAACAUGGAGCCACGACGGGGUCCGUAUCCCAUGACUUAUCACGCCACAGCCUUUUUGCACCUGGGCCCCAUGAAUGAGCCCGACUCUGACGUCUGA